ACUCUCAGCUGAGCUGAGCUGAGCUAGGCGAUGACGACGCCGUGCUCCACUCGAUUAGUAGCACCAUCCCCACUCUCCUUCUUCUCCAUUCCUGUCGUCCCCUCCGCCGCCCGCUUCAAUUCGCGUCCUCCUCCACCGCGCCUCCUCCUCCGCUGCUGCUGCGGCAACGCCGAGAUGGUCAACGCAAUCAGGGUCCACGAGCUCGGCGGGCCGGAGGCGAUGCGAUGGGAGCAGGUGGAGGUUGGGCCGCCGGGCGACGGCGAGAUCCGGGUCAAGAACACCGCCGUCGGCGUCAACUUCAUCGACGUCUACUUCCGCAAGGGGGUCUACUCCGCCCCCCUCCCCUUCACCCCAGGCAUGGAAGCCGUCGGCGUGGUGACGGCGGUAGGGCCGGGCCUCACGGGCAGGAAAGUCGGGGACGUCGUCGCCUACGCCGGCAAGCCCAUGGGCUCCUACGCCGAGGAGCAGGUCAUCCCGGCCGACGUCGCUGUCUCCGUCCCGCCUUCCGUUGAUCAUAGGACGGCUGCCGCCAUCAUGCUCAAGGGGAUGACUGCUCAUGUCUUGCUUCGCCGCGUCUUCAAGGUUGAAUCCGGUCAUACUGUUCUUGUCCACGCUGCUGCUGGUGGAGUUGGUUCACUCCUCUGUCAGUGGGCGAAUGCCCUUGGUGCCACUGUCAUUGGGACUGUCUCAAGCGAAGAGAAAGCUGCACACGCGGCUCAAGAUGGAUGUCACCAUGUGAUCAUAUACACAAAGGAAGAUGUUGCGACGAGAGUCAAGGAGAUUACAGAUGGAAAAGGUGUAAAUGUGGUGUAUGAUUCUGUUGGAAAGGAUACAUACAAGGCUUCUAUGGAAUGCCUGGCGUCCCGUGGUUUCCUGGUGUCUUUUGGGCAGUCCUCAGGUUCACCUGAUCCCAUUCCGAUGAGCGACCUGGCUCCCAAGUCGCUAUUCCUGACGAGGCCUAGUAUGCUGCAUUACACGGGCACUCGUGAUGAGUUGCUCCAUUCAGCUGGUGAGGUGUUUGCCAACGUGGCCAACGGGGUGCUGCGCAUUCGUGUGAACCACACCUACCCGCUGUCCGAAGCGGCUCAGGCUCAUGCCGAUCUCGAAGCUCGGAAAACCUCUGGCUCCAUAUUGCUGAUCCCCUAGAACUAGACAGACAUCCUUUUCGGUUUUAGCAAGGCAAGAAUGAAUAAACAGGGUCCAUGUUUGACAACCUCUAGCAAGCAGCAGCAUAUUGUAGAGUGGAACUGAAAGCCUCUUUUUGGUCACUUGCUUAUGGUUUGGUCUGUGUGAGUGCUGUAAAAAGGGAAGCAUGUGGAGUAUUUGUGCUCUUCUUGUAAGAACAUGAAUCUACCUCAAAAAAUAAGAACAAGAAUAGGAAUCUGAACGGAAGUUUGAUCACAUCACUGUCAAGCAGUACACGGGAACUUGUGAAUGUGAUCAUGUCAUGUUAUGUGUUUAUUGGUUGAUAGAAGAGAGGCAGACAAGUGUCCUCAUAUAUAA